AUGAGGGUGGUGUUCCUCGGCGAACGCCUUCAGGAGUCUGCUAAUGGUGCGGUUCGUACGUUCUACCUAUCCGUUGCCUUCUGGGUGGACCGGAGUAGUCCGUGUCUUGUGGAUGAGUAGAAGAUCGCACACAUCACGUACGAGAUUACUUUCAAAAUUAGCUCCACAAUCGGAGUUUAGGGAAAGUGGGGCUUUGAACCGGCAGAUCUACUAGCUCAGCAGGGCAUUAGUAACCGACGCGGCAUCUUGCCGACGUAAUGGAACAGCCUCCUCCCAUUUUGUAAAAUAGUCCACCAUCACCAGUAUGUAACAGUUACCAGCGGUUGUGAAGGGCAGUGGUCCAAUCACGUCUAUGCCUACGCGCUCGAAUGGGAAUCCUGUGGUCAUAGGUUGGAGUGGUACCCUCUGUCUGGGGAUCGAGCCCUUAAAAGAUGCACAAGUUGGACAUGUGUUGCAGAACGUAGUCACCUGUUCCCGCAGGUGCGGCCACCAGAAACGUUGUCUUACCGCGGCCUCCGUUUUCGUAUGUCCGACGUGGCCUAGUGCUCUGUGGAUGUCUUCUAGGACUGAAAUUACCAGGCUCCCAGGAACGACAAGCCGUGGUUGACUGUUCGCCUCGUCUUUGAAGAAAAGGAGGUCGUUUUCUAGAUGCAGGUGUUGUCAGUGGUUCCUCAAGAUUCGAGCAAUGUCGGAAGAGCCGCAAAACUCGGUGUCAGUGGGGCGGUGUCUACCGUGGAGCUGGUGGUCGUACACGAUAGCCGUGUCCGGAUCUGUACUUUGCGCAACCGCCCACUGGUGACGUGUCGGUUCACUAACCGUGAUAGCACUUACGCUAGCGUUCUCCCUGUACGUAGAUGAAUCCUCUGUUGCUGCGGGUCUUCGAGACAAUGCGUCCGCGUUGUUAUGUUUAGUCCCUGGCCGGUGUUGGCAGGUAAAAUCAAAUUGUUGUAGGGUUUCCUGCCAUCUAGCCAAUGGUCCUUCGGCCUCCUUCAUAUUUUGCAGUCAUUUUAAUGCCUUAUGGUCCGAACGGAUAAUGAAGUGUCUCCCCAAUAAGAAGGGUUUAAACUGCUUGACGAAGGUCAUCAGGGCAGAUAACUCCCUCCGGUAGGUGCAAUAAUUGCGUUGCGCUCUAUUUAGGGACUUGCUAGCAAAGCAGAUAGGGCGUUCAUUCCCUGCUUCGUCUGUCUGUGAUAGAACUCCGCCAAUAGCAAAUCCGCUAGCAUCUGUAUCGACGACAAAGAGUGAUGCAUCCGUAGAUGUGUUAGGUAGCAUCAACACCGGGCCUGAAAUCAGUCGACUUUUCAAUUCUUCGAAAGAUGUUUGGCAAUCGUCUGUCCACGCGAAUUGUCUACCCUUCUCAGUCAGUCGGUGUAGAGGUCGUGCAAUCUCCGCGAAAUGCGGGAUAAAACGUCUGUAAUAUGAUGCAAGGCCUACGAAACUGCGUACCUCGGUUGCUGACUUCGGCGGUGGCCACGUGCGGAUAAUGUCGAUUUUUUCUGGGGAUGCAUAGAUGCCCUCUGCACUGACCUCAUGGCCCAGGUAUGUGACCUUCUGCCGAAGAAAAGAACAUUUUGCCGGGUUCAGACGUAGACCAGCGUCCCGUAAAGCUGUCAAUACUGCCGUGAGUCUAGGGUUAUGCUCAUCUACAGAUCUUCCGAACACGAUCACGUCGUCUAAAUAGACUAAGCAAUGUGUUGGAAAAAGGUGUGAUAAAACCCACCUGCAUCAGUCUUUGAAACGUGGCCGCAGCAUUGCAUAGACCGAAAGGCAUAGUGUCAAAUUCAAAUAAUCCUUGUGGCAGAAUAAAAGCCGUCUUAUGUUGAUCCUUGGGUUCAACUUCUACUUUCCAAUAUCCAGAUUUUAGAGCCAAAGUGGAAAACCAUUUAGCACCAGCUAAGACAUCCAAAGUAACGUCAAUCCGUGGCAAAGGGAAAGAAUCCCUAACGGUAAGGGCAUUCAAUCGUCUGUAAUCCACACAAAAGCGUAAUUUGCCGUCCUUCUUUGGUACUAGAGUGACUGGAGACGCCCAGGGUGAAUGGGAGGGUUUAAUGAUCCUAGCUUUCAACAUCUUGUCCAGAAGAUCGUUAACUUCUGUCUGUAAGUGGACCGGCAUCCGUCUCGGAGGUUGCCACACCGGUUUAGCGUUUUCUGUCUCAAUAGUGUGCCGUAUAUAGCUCGUACAACUAAUCUGACUUUCAUCCCAAGCGAAGACAUCAUGAAAGAAUAAAAGCAGUGACCGAAGACCUUCCUUAUGCUCUGCGUCCAUGUCCGUAUGGUCUUUAAGUAUAUCGUCAAUGUUUGUAGGUGAUAGACUCACAACGGCAGAAAUUCUCGCACAAACAACAGCCUCAUCAAACGAAUCGUUAAUGUUUGCCAAAUCCAUUUUUUCACCAAAACUAACAGCUCGCUUUCUGACAUUGAUACAACAGUCGUAUUUGCUUAGAAAAUCGAUGCCUAAUAACAAGUCCCAUGUCAAGCCGGGGACUACUAAGAAGUCAUGAUCCUUGCACGAAUGUUCAAAUUGUAAACUGAUCAUGAACAAUCCCCGAACACUCUAAAGGGGAUCCAUUAACUGCGACUAACGUAGGGAGAGACCCAUAUUUCUGUAUACUUUCGAGGAGAGUAUGUGUUAGGAUACGCGGAUUAGCAAUGGAGAGCGUAGCGCCGGUAUCUAUAAGGGCUCUAACCGAUUUGUUUUCAACAUAGAUGUCAAUAAAGAAUGAUGGGUCGUCAAAAGGUACUGAACAAAUAGGGAUGUAGACACUACCAGGUUGUUGGUAAGAGUGUCUUUCCUCUGGUUGCCAGGGUCGCACUCCACACUGGCAUUGUGGUCGUUGAUAUUCCCUUGUUUGAUUACUGCGUGGUUGCUACUGGGGAUGUGGUGGACGAAAUCUAGCGCCAUUAAUGAAAUUAUGCCCAAAACGCUGUGGUGUAAAAUUAGAUGCAUUUGUCAUCUGGGGGCGUUGAGGUGCCGGCCUCCAGAUAAAUCAAUAACGCCGGUAGUAAGGCGCUCAAGUCACGCGUGCUAGGCCGUUGUCACGGCGCGCACGCGAUAUCGGUACGUGAUUAAAGAACGACAACCAAUGAGUGGUGUGGUUACAUCAGCAGGGUAACCAAUGCCGUGCCCGUGCUUGAAACACAUCGACUCAAUAUCAAUUGCCACUUGGUCGGCCACCGGAUUGCAGUAAAACAAACACGGCAAAAACAAAGGCAGGACUGACGUGUGUGGACGUCUAAAUGGGACAUGGAAAUAGGAAAACCCCGCCCAAGUGAUAAAGGAGGACCUGCGCAUAAUUCUAGAAAGAGAAAAAUAUUCCCGUAUACUAACCCUAAUAUAAAACUCAACCGUUGCCCCAAUCUUGACCCUAACCCUACCCUAGACCUUAACUCUGCAGUUUACACUAACCCCAACCUUAGCCCUAAACUUGAUCCUGACGUACAUUAACGUUAACUUUAAAAGUAACCUUAAACCUAAUCCUUAACUUAGCCCUAACCCUCACCUGAGACCUAAUCUUAGUUUCACUGGAAGUUGGCUCAAAGUCACCCGUGGUGCAGGAAGCUCCUGUUCUCAUGUCCUGUUUAGGCGUCCACAUACGUCAGUCCUACCAAAACAAACUUUAGUUGUGAGAAAGUAUUUUGCGAAGAAUUGAACCGCACUUUGCACUGCGUCUCGUCCUAGCGGGUCCACAGACCAUGUCUGUGAAAUGCACGUACUGCUCGGAGUCGUUGUUUUAGUUCACCUAAUUAGUCUGUGUGGUCAUCUAACUCACUCUGCAGGGAACUGGAAAUUGACCAUGGUCACACAAGUCCUUGACACCCAGAAAACUUGAGCCUUGUCCAUCAAGCCUCCUUUUCAUGGUACAUUUUCUCACCUGUCCACACCUUUUGAUCUUUACACUACAAACCCUUGGAAGGUGUGUGGAGGGGUGUAGCCAAAGACAUAGCCGCACAGCACAUCGUAGUGAGUCCAGGUUUGCGCACCUGCGUAAGCAAUAACAAAUCAGUCUGUCGUACUGAAACCGUCAAUGCCCGCAGACCAAAUCAUGUUUUCGUUAUAACCAAACAGAUAUCAUGCCAGAAGCCUAAACUGCCUAAAAUCGUGACGAUCCAGCGCAUUGAGGGGUUUAAACAUCGAAAUCUUGUCUCAUGCUACAGUCCCGAUCGAAAGAGUAGGCGGUAAGUAUUAUUCAACGUAGGUGUCCUUAAUCCCAGAGGCAGCUAGGUGAAAGAAUUCCGGAUUCACCCAACGACAUCGCAGUCAGUGGAUAAAUCUCAUUUUUGUUCAGUUAUGAAGCUUUGCACAUGCGGACACAUAACACUUCUCAUUAUAAGAAGUAAAAGCAAUCCUUGGAACAAGGGCUUUAUUCGCCUGAUGUGUCGGAUUCUCACUUAAACCCAUAAUCAGAGAAAGUCACCGGUUUCUAUCACUGUCUCUGAUGAGGAGGUUCAAGUAAGAAUCCGAAACGUCGGGUGAAUAAAGCCCUUGUCGCAGCGAUCGCUUCUAUGUCUUAGCAACUAGUUACUGGAACUCGAAUCUUCGCCUGUAUCGACUUCUCAUUACGUCCACAACACCUGAACUCGUGCAAAGGCGUACCAUCAACUGGCAUGUCUAUGGUAGACGAGAUGAAACCGCUAAAAGGGUGCAUUUAUGUCGUAUUCGACGACUCUCCAUUGCCAGCACUCCACAUGUAGAUGCUCCUGUCUCGCUUAAUCGAGGCGUUUUCACCCGUGCCUCUAAUUCUCGUCUUCACAAUUUUUUUUCUCGGCCCCCUGUCAUACCAAAUCAGACUGCAUCAUUGCGACUGGGAGAAUGUGCACAAGACGGCUGCCAUUCAAAAGUUGGGAAAUUCGAGACGAAGAACCUCUGGUGGGACCGAUUAGUCCGGCUCUCCAAGGAAUGAUGGUCACACGCAGCAGUCGCCUCAACAGUUGGUUGGGGAUCCAUGGUAUGUGUCUGCGGAGGAUGCCACAGCCCCGACUGCCUUGUCACCUGUGAACUCUACUUACCAAAGGAAACCAGGUGAGCAUGCGAGCUGCUGUGAUUGCUUAUUAAAACCAACGGGGGGGGGUGGUAUUGGUCCACCUGACCUGAUUGUAGGACAAAAUAGGGAUUUUCCGUAUUGCUUGGAGCUCCAGGUUGAGAGCCGACGCAGGCGACGGUAUGAAAAGAAGCAAUUCAACAUUGAAAAGUCUAAUCGAAGAAGACGACAGUAGCCCGUCGCCAGUCAGACAUGCCGAAUCCCAGGGUUAAACUAUUCUCGCUCUGGUUACCGAACAGCAAGUUAACUGCUCUUCCAUUGAAGUUGGGACCUGAGUCUUCCCAGUUCUUCGCACGUAACACAACCACUCGUUCAUUUUCAGCCUUGUCCCGAUCUCAGCUGACAAGACAGUGGACCCGUGACUAAGUGUUGGGGCGCUGACCUUCGAGCGCUCAAUAAUCGAAGAAUUUAGGUUCAUCCAGAUCUAGGGCUGAGUAUGGUUGACUGAGGGUGGAUAGAAAGGCAGAAAUGACCAUCGCUGUCUUUUUUACCAUUGCUAUUACUAGUCGUUGUGCAACUGCCUAGAUUGAGCAUCAUGGCGAACGAGACGGACACGUUUUGGCAACCUGCUCGGUUAACGCACUCCCUCUCUGGCGCAGAGAAGUGUCAAUUCUUUCAUUGAAGUAAAAUUCACACAAGUUGUGGGGCUCGAAUUAUCCCCCGAAACAGUUCAGUAACCAGCUUAUAUCAAAUUUUCACUCGGGUUCAGAGAUUCCCCCGCCUAUCGUCGCAAUCCAUGAACUCGCUGAGUUUAUAGUGAAGUAGUUUUUACCGUGCUCUGCACUAACCACAUCUCUGCCCGGCAAGUCCAUGCAGUACACAUCUGGUUGAUUGAUCUACUUAACCCUUAGUAACCCUUUUAUUGGAUUUCUAGUUUAUUUAAACGAACUCGAUGAACUGCCUUUCAUAUUCCGGCAAAGGACUAGGAUGCGUUUAUCCAAGAGUGGCAUUUCUGGUCAGGGAAGUGGAACGCUGUAUCCAGAAUAUGAAAUCGUUCACUAAAUCCAUUGUAACCAGAUGGCUGUUACCCCACCGGAGGGAAUCCUGAGAGUAUUGGCCUGAUAGAAGCUUGUGAUCAAGAAUGCUGAUCCACCGGUUUGACCUACUAAUUGGAAUGCACAAACUCUCGUUAAAAAAACCCACUGAGAUCCAAACUAUUGACCUACAAGAUUGGCUUAAUUUGAAUACGGCUGGUCGGGUUCAUUUAUUCCUAAAAAUUUAUGUUCCGUAAAAGCGACACCUUGGGCGAUUUAUUAUACUAACGAGAGAAAGUUAAAUUACCGAGGAAGAAAGAGAAGAGAAGAAAGGAGGGGUGUUCGCCAAAACCGGUCAACUUAGCCGAAUCAUGCUGACAUCGGCUGAGGAUUAUAACGGUCUAACCAGAUUCAAGGAUACUGUCAAUUGAUAUUACCUCCCACUUCACACACAUACCUCAGAUACUCGUAGCCAGAAAAAAGUAUUUUUAUUAUCUGCGGGCAUUGGCUUUGAAAUGAUGACAAACAUUCCAGGCUGGAUUUUAUGUGACUGGCCAGACAUUGUGCAUGCAGUGGACGCCGUCUUUAGUAACUGUCGGCCUGCUAAGCAGGCCUUUCUUUCGCAAACUUCCUUGUCACGAUCUUUCACGCGAACGUGGACAAGAGGAACCUAUCAAUAAUACUCGAGCAUACCAUGACUGGUGCAGCAGGCAACCGUAGGUUUUCCUUACUGCGCUUCACGCCCUUAUCUUUCUCCUUUUUAUUGUAGAUGGUAUGCACUACCUUAUUUGA